AUGUUGAAACGGAAAGUGGAGACAUCAGUGAAUAUGACAAAUUCACAUGCCGAUGAUGGGAAUGAAGGCACUUCUGCAUUAAAAAAGAAUAGAGUAUUACCUUACGAAGAAACAUAUCUGCGUUCAAUACCACAUGCAACACAAUACGAGAAAUCGUUCAUGCAUCGAGACACUGUAACUCAUGUUAUCGGAACUGCGACAGAUUUCAUCAUAACAGCAAGUACGGAUGGUCAUUUAAAAUUUUGGAAGAAAAAGCAUGGUGAAGGAAUCGAAUUUGUCAAGCACUUUCGCUGCCAUCUCCAUGCUUUUUCCCACUUGGCGAUCAAUCACAAUGGAACAUUGAUGGCAACGCUUUGCUUGCAAGACAAAUCAGUGAAAAUAUUUGAUAUACCCAAUUUCGAUAUGAUCAAUAUGCUUAGUACUGAAUUUGCUCCAAGAGCUGCUGCAUGGAUACAUCAGGGAAACGAUGUUAUACAGGUGUUAGCUGUAUCAGACUCGGGAUCUGGGAAAAUCUAUAUUUAUGAUGGCAAGGGGGAUGAUAAACCAAUUCAUGUUUUAGAUAAAAUUCAUUCUAAUCCUGUGAAAUUUAUCGAGUAUAAUCCAAAUUUUGAUUGUGCUAUUUCCGUUGAUGUGAAGGGAAUGUUAGAAUAUUGGUCUGGUCCGAAGCGCGAAUACCAGUUUCCGGAUAACGUGAAGUGGUCAUAUAAAACUGACACCGAUCUUUAUGAAUUUGUUAAAGUUAAAGCACCACCACGGUGUUUGCUAAUAUCACCAAAUGGUAAAUCAUUUGCUGCAGUUGGUGCAGAUCGGCGUAUUCGAUUAUUUGAUUUCGUUACUGGGAAGUUAAUGAAAGUCAUCGAUGAAUCAUUACGAUCUUAUGUGGAUCAAGCUGUAGCUAAUAAAAACUACGGCUUGCAAAAUAUGGAAUGGAGUCGACGAGUUGCACUGGAAAAAGAAUUGGAUCGUGAUGAAAAUGCUUUUCAGCAUUUAUCGAUUUGUUUUGACGAAACCAGUAAUUUUCUCAUCUAUCCCACACCGAUUGGUAUUAAAGUUUACAACUUAUACACCGAUGAAAUAGUUCGUGAAAUUGGUAAAAAUGAGAAUAUGCGAUUUUUGGGUGUAUCGCUUUGCCGUGCAGUACCAGACUUCAAGGAGCAGUUACAGGGAGCAGCAGCAACAAUUGAUGCAAUGGCUGCAGCAAAUCCAAAUCUGAAGAAAACUGAGCCUGAUCCUAUGUUGGUUGCCUGUGCAUACCGAAAAGGUAGAUUCUAUUUGUUCACCAAUGCAGAGCCUUUUUCAACGGAUGAAAGUGAUGAUGCAGAUGGUAGUGGUAUGGGACGAGAUGUUUUCAAUGAAAAACCCAGGAAAGAGGACAUUAUAACAGCUGUAGAGAGUGAUACAGUUGAUAAUAAAGUGACGGAAUAUGCAAUAAUACAUACCUCAUUCGGUGAUAUACACAUAAAAUUAUUUCCCAAUGAAUGUCCGAAAACUGUGGAAAAUUUUUGCACACAUGCGAGGAGAGGUUACUACAACGGUCAUACAUUCCAUCGUGUAAUUAAAAGUUUCAUGAUUCAGUCUGGUGAUCCCACCGGCAAAGGAACUGGUGGUCAGUCGAUUUGGGGUGAAGAUUUCGAGGACGAAUUUCAUCCCAAACUGAAGCAUGAUAAACCUUACAUGGUUUCAAUGGCAAAUGCAGGCCCGAAUACCAAUGGGUCUCAGUUUUUCAUAACAGUUAUUCCUGCUGAUUGGUUAGAUGGUAAAAAUACUCUUUUUGGACAGGUUACGGAAGGUUUCAAUGUGGUACAAAAAAUUAAUCAAGUGCCGACGUUUGAGAAAAGUGGCCGACCGAAACAGGAAAUAAACAUUAUUUCUAUUACACUAAAGUAA